GGGGUGACCCGUCCGUGCCCCCCCAGACUCGAUGUCGUGGGAGCCGCUGGUGCUGGAGACGCUGGAGGACAACGUGCCCCGCGCCCGCGCCGGGCACUGCGCCGUGGCCAUCGCCACCCGCCUCUACAUCUGGAGCGGCAGGGACGGCUACAGGAAGGCCUGGAACAACCAGGUGUGCUGCAAGGACCUCUGGUACCUGGAGACAGAGCGCCCCCCCGCCCCGGGCCGGGUGCAGCUGGUCCGUGCCAACACGACGUCGCUGGAGGUGAGCUGGGGCGCGGUGCCCACGGCCGACUCGUACCUGCUGCAGCUCCAGAAGUACGAGCUGCCCGCCGCCCCCGCGCCCGCCCCCGUGCCCUCGGUGCCCGCCAACCCCCCCAAGAGCCCCGCGCCCGCCGCCCCCGCGCCCCCCCCGGCGCCCCCCGCGCUGCCCCCCCCCGCCCCCGUGGGGCUGACGCUGCUGCCGCCGCCCCCCCCGCCCGCCACCGCCGCCCCCCAGAACCCCCCCAAUCCCCCCCCGGCCGCGGGGGGGGCGGCGGGGGGCGUGGGGGGGGCCGUGGGAGGGGUCGCGGGGGCGGCGGCCGCCCCCCCCAGCACCACCCUGCAGGUGCUGCCCGCCGGGACCCCCCCGGGACCACCCGGCACGGCCGGGGCGGCGAGGGCACCCGGGGUGCCGGCGGUGCUGAAGGUGACGGGUCCCCCCGCGGCGGCCGCGGGGCCCCCCCUGGUCACCGUGCGCUCGGCGGGGCCCGGCAAGGCCCCGGUGACGGUGACGUCCCUGCCCGCGGGCGUCAGGAUGGUGGUGCCCACCCAGAGCCCCCAGGGCACGGUGAUCGGCAGCAGCCCUCAGAUGAGCGGCAUGGCCGCCCUGGCAGCCGCCGCCGCCGCCACCCAGAAGAUCCCUCCGGCGUCGGCGCCCACCGUGCUCAGCGUCCCCGCGGGGGCCACCAUCGUCAAGACGGUGGCCGUGACCCCCGGGGCCACCACCCUGCCCGCCACCGUCAAGGUGGCCUCGUCACCCGUCAUGGUGAGUAACCCGGCCACGCGGAUGCUGAAGACGGCGGCGGCCCAGGUGGGCACGGCGGGGGCCGGGCCCCCGUCCAGCACGGCGGCCACGCGGCCCAUCAUCACCGUGCACAAAUCCGGCACCGUCACCGUGGCACAGCAGGCACAGGUCGUCACCACCGUCGUGGGCGGCGUCACCAAGACCAUCACCCUCGUCAAGAGCCCCAUCUCCGUGCCGGGGGGCAGCGCCCUGAUCUCCAACCUGGGCAAGGUGAUGUCGGUGGUGCAGACGAAGCCGGUGCAGAGCUCGGCUGUCACAGGACAGGCAUCCAGCGGGCCUGUCACCCAGAUCAUCCAGACCAAGGGGCCUCUCCCCGCCGGGACCAUCCUGAAGCUGGUGACGUCGGGGGAGGGGAAGCCCACCACCAUCCUGACCACCACGCAGGCGGGGGCGGGGGGGGCCAAGCCCCCCACCAUCCUGGGCAUCAGCAGCGUGUCCCCCAGCACCACCAAGCCCGGGACCACCACCAUCAUCAAAACCAUCCCCAUGUCGGCCAUCAUCACCCAGUCGGGGGCUACCGGGGUGACGAGCAGCCCCGGGAUCAAGUCGCCCAUCACCAUCAUCACCACCAAGGUGAUGACGUCGGGCACUGGCACCCCCGCCAAGAUCAUCACGGCCGUGCCCAAGCUGGGGGGGGACACGGGGCAGCAGGGGGUCACUCAGGUGGUGCUGAAAGGGGCCCCGGGGCAGCCGGGCACGAUCCUGCGCACGGUGCCCAUGGGGGGGGUCCGGCUGGUCACCCCCGUCACCGUCUCGGCCGUGAAGCCCACGGUGACCACCCUGGUGGUCAAGGGCACCACUGGUGUGACGACGCUGGGCACGGUGACCGGGACGGUGUCCACCAGCCUGGCGGGGGGCGCGGGGGGUCACAGCGCCACGGCCUCGCUGGCCACGCCCAUCACCACCCUGGGCACCAUCGCCACCCUGUCCAGCCAGGUCCUGAACCCCGCGGCCAUCACGGCCACCGCCGCCGGGGGGGGGCUGGGCACCCCCACCAUCACCAUGCAGCCCGUGUCCCAGCCCACGCAGGUGACCCUGAUCACGACGCCCAGCGGGGUCGAGGCCCAGCCCGUCCACGACCUGCCCGUGUCCAUCCUGGCCUCGCCCACGGCCGAGGGGCCGGCGGCGUCGGGGGGGCUCCCCGAGCCCACCCCCCCCGAGGGCGGGGGGGGCACCCCCGGCACCGUCACCCUGGUGUGCUCCAACCCCCCCUGCGAGACCCACGAGACGGGCACCACCAACACGGCCACCACCAGCCUGGUGGCCAACGUGGGGGGGGUGGGGGGGGGGCUCCCGGCCGCGACCCCCCCCCCAGCUCCAACUGCUCUGCGAGGGGGGGGGGGCCCGAGGGCGGGGGGGGGCACGACCCGGGCCUGCUCCAACCCCCCCUGCGAGACCCACGAGACGGGCACCACCAACACCCCCACGGCGGCGGGGGGGGGGCCCUGCCCCACCCGGCAGACGGCGGCCACCGGCACCACCAUGACGGCGCGGCUGUGCCGGGACCCCCCCGCCGACGGCGCCGCGUGCCAAACCCCCCCCGGGACGGGGGCAGAGGAGACCCCUCCCCAGCAACCGCCACCGUGCCAAACCCCCCCCUCCUGGGGCGCCCCCGGCGCCAACCCCCCCCGCGAGACCCCCGAGACGGGCACGACCAGCGCGGCCACCACCACCGCGGCGGGGGCCACCAGGACCCCCCAGAGCCCGGGGGCUGCCGCCGGCGGGGGGGGCUCCAGGCUCUGCUCCAACCCCCCCUGCGAGACCCACGACACCGGGACCACCAGCACGGCCACCACCGUGGCCUCGAGGCUCUGCUCUAAUCCUCCAUGUGAGACCCAUGAGACGGGGACGACAAACACGGUGACAACCACGGGCUCCAGGCUCUGCUCCAACCCCCCCUGCGAGACCCAUGAGACGGGCACCACCAACACGGUGACCACCACGGGGUCAAGGCUCUGCUCCAACCCUCCAUGUGAGACCCAUGAAACGGGGACGACAAACACGGUGACCACCACGGGGUCAAGGCUCUGCUCCAACCCCCCGUGUGAGACCCAUGAGACGGGGACAACCAACACGGUGACCACCACGGGCUCCAGGCUCUGCUCCAACCCCCCGUGUGAGACUCAUGAGACGGGGGACGACAAACACGUGACAACCACGGGGUCAAGGCUCUGCUCCAACCCCCCCUGCGAGACCCAUGAGACGGGCACCACCAACACGGUGACCACCACGGGGUCAAGGCUCUGCUCCAACCCUCCAUGUGAGACCCAUGAAACGGGGACGACAAACACGGUGACCACCACGGGGUCAAGGCUCUGCUCCAACCCCCCGUGUGAGACCCAUGAGACGGGGACAACCAACACGGUGACCACCACGGGCUCCAGGCUCUGCUCCAACCCCCCGUGUGAGACUCAUGAGACGGGGACGACAAACACGGUGACAACCACGGGGUCAAGGCUCUGCUCCAACCCCCCCUGUGAGACCCACGAGACGGGGACGACAAACACAGUGACAACCACGGGGUCAAGGCUCUGCUCUAAUCCUCCCUGUGAGACCCAUGAAACGGGCACCACCAACACGGUGACCACCACGGGGUCAAGGCUCUGCUCUAACCCUCCAUGUGAGACCCACGAAACAGGGACAACCAACACGGUGACGACGGCGGGGUCAAGGCUCUGCUCUAACCCUCCAUGUGAGACCCACGAGACGGGCACCACCAACACGGUGACAACCACGGGGUCAAGGCUCUGCUCCAACCCUCCAUGUGAGACCCAUGAAACAGGCACCACCAACACGGCCACCACCGUGUCCUCGAGGCUCUGCUCCAACCCCCCCUGUGAGACCCACGAGACGGGCACCACCAGCACGGCCACCACCACCACGGCCAGCACGAGCCCCCCCUGCGAGCCCCCCGGCCCGGGGACGGUGGUGACGCCCCGCCCGUGCUCCAACCCCCCCUGCGAGACCCACGAGACGGGCACCACCAACACGGUGACCACCACGGGCUCCAGGCUCUGCUCCAACCCCCCCUGUGAGACCCACGAGACGGGCACCACCAACACGGCCACCACCACCACGGCCAGCGCGGGCUCCCGGCCCCGGGACGCCGCCGGUGCCACCGGUGCCACGGGAGGGGGGUCCCAGCCCUGCUCCAACCCCCCCUGCGAGACCCACGAGACCGGGACCACCAGCACGGCCACCACGGCCACGGCCGGGGGGGGCGCAGGGCUCGCCCCCCCGCUUGCCAGACCCACCAGACCGCGGCCACCGGCACCACCACGACGGCCACGGCGGCCACCGGGGGGGGGGGGGCUCGGGGGCCCCCCCGGCAGCCCCCCCCGCGCCUGCUCCAACCCCCCCUGCGAGACCCACGAGACGGGGACGACGGCCACGGCCACCACGGUGACGGCCAGCAUGGGGGCCAGCCAAGACCCCCCCCCACCGGCUGCCAAUGGGCAGGGGGAGCCUGAGGGAGCCCCCCAGGGCGAGGGGGGAGCCCCCCCCGGGACCCCCAGCCCCGGCCCCAGCGGCGCCGGGACCCCCCAGCCCCGGGCGGUCACUACGGUCACUCAGUCCACGCCCGCGCCCGGACCCGCCGUGCCGACCAUCUCCUCGCUGACCGAGUCGCCCCCGGCGCCCCCCGAGACCCCCCCCCACCGCCACCCCCACCCCCCCCGGAGACCCCCAACCCGCCCCCAGACCCCCCCCUCCGGCCCCUCCCCGUCCCCCCCGGCCCCCACCCCCACCCCCCCCGGCCGCCCCCCCCGCGCCCCCCACCCCGCGGGCGCCGCCCCCCCCCCCCUCGGGGUCCCCGGAGCCGCUGGCCGUGGUGGUCCUGCCGCCCGGCCCCGGCGAGGGGGGGGGGCCGGCGAGGGGCUGGCGCUGCCCCCCGAGCUGCUGGCCGAGGCGGGGGGCGCGGGGGGCCCCCCCGGGCUGACCCCCGAGGAGUUGGCGGUGACGGCGGCGGCCGAGGCGGCGGCGGCGGCGGCGGCGAGCGAGGAGGCCCAGGCGCAGGCCUUGGCCAUCCAGGCCGUGCUGCAGGCGGCCCAGCAGGCCGUCAUGGGGAGCUCGGAGCCCCUGGAGCCGGGGGAGCCCGGGGGGGGCCCCCCUGAGCUGGGGGCUCUGGGGGCCGAGGGCGGGGGGCCCGCGGGGGGGGCCCUGCCCCUGGUGCUCACCCAGCAGGAACUGGCGGCGCUGGUGCAGCAGCAGCAGCAACUGGCCGAGGCCGGGGCCCCCCCCGCCGCCCCCCAGGCCCCCCCCACCCCCACGGCACCCCCCCAGACCCCCCCGGCCGCCCCCCACCUGCCCACCGAGGCCUUGGCGCCCGCCGACAGCCUCAACGACCCCGCGGGCGACGCCAACGGGCUGGGAGAGCUGGGGACCCCCGGGGGGGCACCCACGGCCCUGCUGCCCCCCCCCGGAGAUGGCCUGGCCCCCUCGAGCGCCUUCGUGGCCCCCCCGGGCCCGGCGGUCGCCCCCAGCCCCGCCAAGCUCCAGGCGGCCGCCGCCCUGGCCGAGGUGGCCAACGGCAUCGAGAGCGCCCCGGCGAAGCCGGAGUCGGGGGUGCAGCCCCCCAAGGCGCUGCCCAAGAAGGAGAACCAGUGGUUCGACGUGGGCGUCAUCAAGGGCACCACCAUGAUGGUCACACACUACUUCCUGCCCCCCGAGGAUGCCCCGCCCCCCGACGAGGAGGGCUCGGGGAUCCCGGACCACUCCCAGCUGCGGCGCCAGGAGCUGCAGCCGGGCACGGCCUACAAGUUCCGCGUGGCCGGGCUGAACGCCUGCGGGCGCGGGCCCUUCUCCGAGCUGUCGGCCUUCAAAACCUGCCUGCCCGGCUUCCCCGGCGCCCCCUGCGCCAUCAAGAUCAGCAAGAGCCCGGACGGGGCCCACCUGACGUGGGAGCCGCCGUCGGUGACGUCGGGGCGCAUCGCCGAGUACUCGGUGUACUUGGCCAUCCAGGGGGGCCCCGGGGGCGCCCGAGGCGCGGGGGGGGCCCAGCUGGCCUUCAUGAGGGUCUACUGCGGGCCCAGCCCCUCGUGCCUCGUGCCCGCCUCCAGCCUGGCCAGCGCCCACAUCGACCACACCACCAAACCCGCCAUCAUCUUCCGCAUCGCCGCCCGCAACGACAAGGGCUACGGCCCCGCCACCCAGGUGCGGUGGCUGCAAGAGUCCAGCAAGGACGGAUCCGCCGGGAAACCCAGCAGCAAACGGCCCCUGGCGUCCCCCGACCUGUGAGUGAGGGGGGGGCUUUGGGGGGGCUCCUCGGGGGGGC